GCCGGAUCGGUUUUGUUUUUCUUCGGUCAAAGUUUUGGUCACUCUUACCUUUUGGCCAUUGGAAUAAAAUUCCUCGCAGUUUUAUCCAAACGUAAAAGUAAACCAAAUUUUCUUCCGCCAAGGGAGUAUGUCCAAUCUAGAGCGCGUCAUGAUGAAGUCCCGUCUGCCGCCAAUGUGUCCGAAUCCGAAGUUUCCAAAACCUUCCGAUCGCGGGUUUCGCCGGCAAACCGACUACAAUCCAAUCAUGUGGAGCGAGUACUUUGCCGAAAGCCGGGAUGUUGAAACGCAACGGGGCAAGUUUCGGGUUUACCUGACGAGCAAGCCGAAAGCUCCCGGUCCGUUGCUGGUGAUGCUCCAUGGAGGUGGCUUUUCGGCUUUAUCAUGGGCACACUUUAGUAUGGAGAUCUCGAAAAUCAUCCACUGUCAGUGCUUGGCCAUCGAUAUUAGAGGACAUGGUGACACCAUAACGGAACAGGAAGACGAUCUCUCAGCGGAAACUUUAGCACAAGAUGUUGCUGAUGUUCUUGUGACGAUGUACGGAGAUUCGGCGCCCCCGGUGAUUCUGAUUGGUCACUCGAUGGGAGGAGCAAUUUGUGUUCAUGUUGCAAAUAUGGACGUCAUUAUUAGUCUGAUUGGAGUGGUAGUUAUCGACGUUGUCGAGGGAACCGCACUAGAAGCGCUGGCCAGUAUGCAAAGCUUCUUAAGAUCUAGGCCAAGCGCCUUCAAAAGCAUUCAACAUGCCGUAGAGUGGAGUGUUCGAAGCGGACAAAUUCGGAAUAUAGAAUCUGCACGUGUUUCAAUGCCAGGGCAAAUUGUGAACAUUGAAACUGGAAAACUUUCUACCAACGAACUUCCUCUGGCCGAGGAAUCCCUCGAAGCACAAACGAAGUUUGCGAAUCCGAACGCUAUAGCGGAAGAUGUUGAGCUACCCUCCCCUGCUGCUCACACUUCCGUUGAUACUGAAGCUGAUGCGGCUACUAGCCCUCCCAUCAAUCUCAAAAAGUAUACCUGGCGUAUCGAUUUGUCCAAAUCGGAAAAGUACUGGGAAGGAUGGUUCCAAGGUCUCAGUCAGAAGUUCUUGGACGUAAAAGUUCCGAAGCUUUUGCUUCUGGCGGGAAUCGACAAUCUAGACCGUGCUCUCACCGUUGGUCAGAUGCAGGGUAAAUUCCAACUGCAAGUGUUGGCCCGAUGCGGUCAUGCGGUUCACGAAGACAGGCCCCACGAGGUAGCCGAAGUAAUUGGAACGUACUUACUUAGGAAUAAGUUUGCCGAAGCAUCCGGUGAGGGACAAUUUUUGAAGCAUAUGCCUGCCUGUUGAAUGUACUCGGUAAGACCAUGGAUAUGUACCUACAAUUGUUAGGGCCUUCUCUGAGAUGCAGCCGCACUAGUGCAGCUGUACCUACCCCUAGUGGAAUGUUUAGUUUUUAUAUGAAUCAAUUUUUUUCCACUGAUUUUCGUUUCCUAUUUAAUCAAUAUUUCGACUCGAUCUAGGUAUACACAUUACAUUAAUUUAUUUGCAUCACAAUGAAACGAAGUGUGUAAUUUAUCCGAACGU